UUUCUCUCUCUCCCUCUCUCUUUCUGUGUGUAUGUAGCGCAGGCGGCUCUGCUGCUGCAGCGUCAGGGAAGAGCUACCGAGAGAGGCUUCAGCAGCUCCCACCACUUUGGGCAAACUUGCCGGUUUACCGCUUCUUCUUCUUUUUUUUUUUUUUUUUUUUUUUUUUUUUUUUUUUUUCUUCCGAGUGGGAAGCUUCUCAGUUGCCAUUCAACAUUUUAAAGCACAAGCCGCUCUGCCGUGAAAGCGCCUGAUCCACACUUCUCUGAAAGACACAGGAGGGAAUACACAAUUGCAGAUUUCACCCACUGUGGCGGUGCAGAUCACAGGAAACAACUGACUGAUAUAAUUUUAUUUGCAAAUAGAACUCUUUUUUCUUUUUUUAAUCGCGUCGCGGCUCUUUUCCCCUCCCCUUUGCCAUUCCGCUUAUAUGGAUGUAAUUCAGAAUCUGUGUUAAUUCACGUGGGGGAUCCAGUUACAUCUUGUUCCGCUCCGGGUAUAUUUACGAGAGACCAAUAAUCGCCUUUGGACACAUAGUUUUGUUGCUAACCUUUGAACUGAAAGGAUCAAGUUCAGAUCUGGUUACCUGCAUUGGGACGGGAAGGAAGAGAGAGAGAGAGAGAGAGAGAGAGACUGCAAUCUCAUUUGUGAAUCGCUCUCAGUGCUGCAGAUCCAGAUUGCUAUAACACAUGCAGUGCAAAUGCAGGUAAGGCACACACACAAACUGCGGAUGCAAAAACAAACUUGGGACUGUUGUGUGUCUAUGUUCUUAUCUCCAACCUUGCAAAUUCUGGGCAAACGGCUUCUGCAGUUUCUGUAUCGUUGCUUUGUGACUAAUGACCUUGCGCAGAGUUGUUAAAAAAAAAAUCCUCUCCGGAGAAAGAGCUGAACAUUUAAGGUGAUCUCUGAAGAUGGAUUUGGGUGCUUUUCUGCCAACCAAAGGGGAUAUUCUGUGGACUGGUGUGUAAUACUCGGGGUUCUUCUCCUAUCAGCUGUGCAGCUACCGACAUUAUUGGGAUUUUUAUUUUUUUUCUUCACUUUUUUUUUUUUUUUUUUUUAAGAACUGCCCAUUGCUAAGAGGAUUUGGAGUUUUCCCGACACAAGCCCUUUGAAUAAAGCGAAUCACAUUUUUUUUUCCCCUGUGUGUGCAGAGAGGGGGAAGAAUAAAGCUAAUGCCUUGGCUGUAAACGGCUGAGACAGAGAGAGAGAGGAGAGAGGGAGAGAGAGAGGGAGAGAGAAAAGAGAGAGAGAGUGUGAAUUGUAGUUAACUCUAGUGUCGAAGAAGACGACCUGGGGGGCUUCGAAUCGUACAGUGCUGCUCUUGCUUUUAUUGCAAACCUUGCAAAGUGAUUACAGUAAAAUCAGAGAGGAGGAGGAGAAGGGGGAGGAGAAGGAAAAUCCCAUCCUAUCUACCGAGAUGAAUCUUUAAAAGGCAAAAUACACUGUCCCGUGAACUGUAAGUAUAUCGCAACUGGAAGGCAGGGAGGGCAGCAGAGGAGCCAGCAUCAGGGUUUUGACCACCAAUUGCACCGGCCAUGAGACAAUAAGUUUCCAGGAAUAAAAGGAUUUUAUAAUUGAUCACCUGGACGCUCAGCCGCUCUGUUGGCUUAUCAGGGGAGUUUACUUGGGGGGGCAGGUGGGAGUGAGAGGAGGGUGGGGGGUUCAGUGCAAGGAAGAUGAGGAAGAUGCGGACCCUCCUUGGUUUUGUACAUUGCUGCUGCUGCUUCUUGCUCCUCCUGCCUCUGCCGCUCUGGGUCAGCCUGGCAGCGGCUAAACAGCUCCUGAAAUACCGCCUGGCCGAGGAGGGACCCGCCGACAUCCGCAUCGGCAACGUGGCUUCCGACCUGGGUAUCGUGACGGGCUCCGGAGAGGUGACAUUCAGCCUGGAGUCGGGCUCCGACUAUCUCAAGAUCGAUAACAUAACCGGGGAGCUGAGCACCACAGAGCGGCGCAUCGACCGCGAAAAGCUACCGCAGUGCCAGAUGAUCUUCGACGAGAACGAGUGCUUCCUGGACUUCGAGGUGUCGGUCAUCGGCCCGUCGCAGAGCUGGGUGGACCUCUUCGAGGGCCGGGUCAUCAUCCUGGACAUCAACGACAACACCCCCACCUUCCCUUCCCCCGUCCUCACACUCACCGUGGAGGAGAACCGGCCCGUGGGGACCCUAUACCUUCUCCCCACGGCCACCGACAGGGACUUUGGCCGCAACGGCAUCGAGCGCUACGAGCUGCUGCAGGAGCCCGGCGGGGACGGCUCCCGCCGCGCCGGAGGGGGAGUCUCGGCCGCGGCGGCCCCCGAGAGCGCCCCCUACCCCGGCGGCAGCAAGCGGCGGCAGGAGGCAGAGGCGGCGGCCCGCAGCAGCGUCUUCGAGCUGCAGGUGGCCGACACCCUGGACGGGGAGAAGCAGCCACAGCUGAUCGUCAAGGGGGCGCUGGACCGGGAGCAGCGGGACUCCUACGAGCUCAGCCUCCGCGUGCGGGAUGGCGGCGACCCGGCACGGUCCUCGCAGGCGAUCCUGAGGGUGCUGAUCACCGACGUGAACGACAACAGCCCCCGCUUCGAGAAGAGCGUCUAUGAGGCGGACUUGGCGGAGAACAGCAGCCCCGGGACCCCGAUCCUGCAGCUGCGAGCCACCGACCUGGACGUGGGGGUGAAUGGACAGAUCGAGUACGUCUUCGGGGCGGCCACGGAGUCUGUCAGGCGUCUACUGCGGCUGGACGAGAACUCGGGCUGGCUCAGCGUCUUGCACCGCAUCGACCGGGAGGAAGUGAACCAGCUUCGCUUCACUGUCAUGGCCCGAGACCGGGGCCAGCCCCCCAAGACAGACAAGGCCACAGUUGUGCUGAACAUCCGGGAUGAGAACGACAACGUGCCCACCAUUGACAUACGGAAAAUCGGGCGCAUCCCACUCCGGGAUGGGGUGGCUAGUGUGGCUGAGGACGUGCUGGUGGACACCCCCAUCGCCCUGGUGCAGGUGUCAGACAGGGACCAAGGUGAAAAUGGCGUGGUGACCUGUACUGUGGUAGGUGACGUGCCCUUCCAGCUCAAGCCGGCCAGUGAGGGUGAAGGGGAGCCGCAGAACAAGCGCAAGUAUUUCCUCCACACCUCGGCCCCUCUGGAUUAUGAAGCUGUCCGUGACUACAACGUGGUGAUUGUGGCUGUGGACUCUGGCAGCCCCAGCUUGUCCAGCAACAAUUCCUUGCUGGUGCGGGUUGGGGACACUAAUGACAACCCUCCUGUGUUUAGCCAGGCCGUGCUGGAGGUCUCCUUCCCAGAAAACAACUUGCCAGGUGAGAGGGUGGCCACAGUGGUCGCUACAGACGCGGACAGUGGCAAGAAUGCCGAGAUCACCUACUCACUGGAGGCCUCACCCCUAUCCUCAGAGGCUCCGGGCAGCAUCUUCAGCAUCGACCCCGACUCUGGGGAUGUGUCAGUGCAGGCGGUGUUGGACCGUGAGCAACGUGACACCUACGAGUUCCAGGUGACAGCCCGGGACAAGGGGGUGCCAUCAUUACAAGGCUCCACCACAGUGGUGGUGCGGGUGGCAGACCGCAAUGACAAUGAGCCGCGCUUCAUGCAGGAUGUGUUCACCUUCUAUGUGAAGGAAAACCUGCAGCCCAAUAGCCCUGUGGGCAUGGUGACUGUAAUGGACUUUGAUAAGGGCCGCAACGCCGAGCUCAGCCUCUCCAUCCAGCCUGGUGACCACGACCAGGCAGCUGGCAUCUUCUCCAUCGAGAAUGACACUGGAACCAUUUUCUCCACUGUCUCUUUUGACCGUGAACAGCAGACUAGCUACACCUUUAAGGUGAAGGCAGUGGAUGGAGGUGAGCCACCACGCUCUGCCACUGCCACUGUGUCUCUCUUUGUGAUGGAUGAGAAUGACAAUGCACCCACAGUCACCUUCCCCAGCAACAGCUCCUACACCGUGCUGCCACCCUCCAGCAACAUGCGCACUGUAGUGGCCACAGUGGUUGCCACUGAUGCUGACACUGGUCUCAACGCUGACCUCAACUACAGCAUUGUUGGGGGUAACCCCUUCAAACUCUUUGAGAUCGACCCAGCCAGUGGUGUGGUGUCACUGGUGGGCAAGUUGGCCCCCAAGCACUAUGGCCUGCACCGCCUGGUUGUGCAGGUGAAUGACAGUGGGCAGCCUCCCCAGUCCACAACUGCCCUACUGCACGUCUUUGUCAAUGAGAGCCUGUCCAAUGCUACCGUAGUGGAGAGCCAGGUGGCCCGCAGCCUUCAUACCCCCCUGGCCCAGGACAUUGCCGGUGACCCCAGCUAUGAGCUGAGCAAGCAGCGGCUUAGCAUAGUUAUUGGCGUGGUGGCUGGCAUCAUGACUGUCAUCCUCCUCAUCCUGGUGGUGGUUAUGGCCCGCUACUGCCGCUCCAAGGGCAAGCAUGGCUACGAGGCUGGCAAGAAGGACCAUGAGGAUUUCUUCACUCCACAGCAGCACGACAAGGCCAAGAAGCCCAAGAAGGACAAGAAAGGCAAGAAGGGCAAGCAGCCCCUCUAUAGCAGCAUCGUCACUGUUGAGGCUUCCAAGCCCAAUGGGCAGCGCUAUGACAGCGUCAACGAGAAGCUCUCAGACAGCCCCGGUAUGGGCCGAUACCGUUCCGUCAAUGGUGGCCCGGGCAGCCCUGACCUGGCCAGGCACUACAAGUCGAGCUCGCCCCUGCCCACUGUCCAGCUGCACCCGCAGUCUCCCACCGCUGGCAAAAAGCACCAGGCCGUACAGGACCUGCCCCCGGCCAACACCUUCGUGGGCGCCGGCGACAACAUCUCCAUCGGCUCGGACCACUGCUCCGAGUACAGCUGCCAGGCCAGCAGCAAGUACAGCAAGCAGAUGAAUGAGGAGCACCUGUACACAGCUGAAGAGAGUUUUAUAAAGGAUACUAUUUCAAGGCCAUUUCGUAGAGUGACGUUUUCUGUUGUGAGUCAGCCUCAGGACCCACAUCAAGGGUCAUUGCAGAGUUGCUAUGACAGCGGUCUGGAGGAGUCAGAAACACCAAGCAGUAAGAGUUCAUCAGGGCCAAGACUGGGUGCCCUUCCACUCCCAGAGGACAACUACGAAAGGACUACGCCGGAUGGCAGUGUUGGUGAGGCAGAGCAUAUGGAAAAUGAUUCACGGCCUCUUCCAGAUGUAGCUCUGACAGGGAAGUGUACCCGAGAGUGUGAUGAAUAUGGCCACUCGGACUCCUGCUGGAUGCCAGUCCGCACUUCUCCGGAGAGAAAGCAGAAGAGCCAGCCAAAACUCUCCACUUUCAUGCCUGUUGAUGAACGGGGCAGUCAGGAAAAGCUGGCCAAUGGAGAAGCCUCCCUCAUGGGUGAUCGCAACAGAAACCUCCUUAACAAAAAGUUGACCUCAUCCUAUGAGACCUUCAGUGCGGCUAGUUUCAGCAAAAAUGAAGAAGGCAAUCCAGAGGAUAUCCCCCUUACACAGACAGGGGAAUACAAGCCAUCUCCUGUCAAUACUCUAACUAGAAGAGAAGUUUACCUGUAGGCUAAAAAGCAGCAAAAAAAUUCUUUCAUAUUAUAAGAAAGAAAUGGGGAAAAAGUCUUAAAAUCGCAACAAUUUUAAGAAAAAAAUAAACAAAAAAGAGGGGGCCACCAAAGAGACAAAAGAUCUGCCUGCCACUUCUGCCUCCAUAGCAGGCAUGUAAUUAUACUGUCUGCCUGACUAUACUGUACAAUGUAGAAAAUGUUGUUACUUGCAUGUCUAAUUCCCCCUUCUGCUGAUUUUUAUUUUUCCUAAAUCUAUGGUUGCAAAUUUCUCCCAUAGUAGCGAGCUUGAUUAAAAAGAACACAACACACUGCUGUUUCCCCUCUGCAGAAGCAUGAGUUAAGCCACUCAUUUUGUUUGUUUGUCAUCUGGCUUGUUGAGGAUAACAUGUCAGGGAAAAUGUACUCAAAACAUAUCAUCUGAAUAUUGCUGAUCCCCACCAGGGACAAUCCUUCAGAAACCAUACAGAUAUAGAGAUAAGUAUAAAGGAAUAAUCAUUAAUAGGCACUUUGUGAAGACCACAGCUUUAAUUCUCUCACCUCUCAUCUGAGGCUGGAAGCAACAGAAAUAUGUUCAGCCUGAGACUGCAGUCAAAAACAUGCCAUCCUUUCCUGUGAUUCAUGGACUCUGGUUCUGUUUUAUCCAUCAAACAAACAUGUCUUGCUGUGUCUCCUUCUAUCCUUCUCUCUCGUUCUCUGUAAUGAUUACUUCAAUGUAAACACAAUUACUAAUGCAUAUACCAUAGGAUAGUAAUGAUAAACUGUUGAAAUCAUUAUUUUGGGCAAGACUAACAUCUAGGUGGGAAGAUUGUAAUAACAAAAAGGCCAAAGAUCACACAACGGAUCAGGGGAACUGCUAAGUAUUGGGGCUUGGCUUAGAAAAUUAAUGUAUUCACAAAUAAACACAUGUGCUCAUAACACACAUUCUUUUUUUUGCACAGCAGCGCAGUUCACAAGCCCAGAUGACAAUUUUUUUUUCAGUGCGGUUCAAUUGAAUGCCCAAAGGAAUUGAUGUGGGGUUUUUUUGUAGUGAUGUGAUAUGUUGCAGCAGAAGCUGCAUAUGAUAUGCUGCAUAUGCCAGGGAACUUUCAAGAUCAAAAUUUAAAAAUAAUAGUAGUAAUAGAAGGCUGUGUUAAUAAGAGUGCUUGAUGGGAGGGAAAAGGUGGACAAUGGGAUGGUGCAGUAACAAGAGGAUGUUACAAGUUGAAUACAGAAGCUUCUUUUCAGAUUGCAAAGAAUGGUUGCUAAGUCUUUGGUCAUCAGUGUUGCAGAUUACCAAUUGCUUCAAUUAUGUCAAAGAUAUAAUGAAAGCUUUCUUAAAACCAAGUGCAUUAAACCCAAGAGAAGUGCAAUACUAAAUGAUGUCAAGGCUCAGAACAUUUAGCAUAAGUAGAAAAUGGUCUGAUAAACAGCGGUAUGAUACUCACCUAGCAGGUCAAGAUGAGUCAAAAGGAGUCAAAGCUACUGUGAUAUGCAAAAGCUGUAACAAUUCUCAUGGUGAAUGAUUCUUGAAAGGAAGAGGAAAAGGAACAGGUUUUUGUGCAAUAAAAGCAACAAAACAUGCAGAAUGACAAACAAUUGCUUUGUACUUGAUACUGUAGAAAUAAUGGCAGACUGAGCUCAGAUAUUCAGAUGAAAGUGACAAUCGAACAACACAGCAAGGACAGCUCAAGGAGGGGGAAAGCAUUCAGAUCCCUGGCUGUUUAACCUGGCGUGAAGGCAUGGCUAGAUGGCUCUCUAGUAUACUGUAGUCACAAUGUAGCUUUGGGUAGUUUCUUACUUUGAAGAAUUGCAUAGAAAUAACCUUAAACAGCCUAAGGUAGAGGUUGGUAAAUCAAAACAACUCAUCACAUUUAUCUUUUGAAUUCACUUCUCCGUAUAGUGGGAUGUGCCAUUAUUGGCCUUUUCAUUCUCCUCUCUUGAGUUUACUUUCUUCAAAAGUAACAUUAGUUUGUGUAUAACAGUUAUGAUGAAUGGGCACAUUUUAGAAAGAAAAUAUUAAAAGCAAAGAUUAAUAAUGAUUGAACAUUUUUAUGUUUAAUUAUUUAAUAUGGAGAGAUGCAAGCUAGUACUUUGUUAUGAGACUGCGUAUAGCAGUUGCUGCUUUGUAUAAUCUGUAAGUACCUGUUUAAAAAUGCUUCUAAAAUGCUUAUGUAAUGUAUACACAUUUUUCUUGCACGUUUCAACAGAAUACACAAUUGCAUAACACAAAUGUUCAACAGAAUUUCCUUUAAUAAGAUUUUAUUUAAUAUUACACACAAGAAAAUAAAUUAGGUAGCUGGGUUCCGUAUAUUCUUAGACACUUUUUCUACAAGGCUAAUAAUACAGGUCAUAAUAGACCUUCAGAUUAAAUGGAUCAGCAGUCACUCACCAAUUUUUACACUACAUAAGACAUGAAAUAAUUUACUUGUGUGCAUCUCUUUAGAUCUAAAAUGCGUGUGAAAGAAUUUUUUAAAAUUCUGUCUACUGUAAGUAUUCACAGUAAUUCUAGUGGAACUAGCCACUAUUAAUAUGCUGAUUACUCUUCUGACCUGGCAUGACAUACAAAUAUAUUUUGUGUUUGUAUUUUUCCUCUUUAUUUGAAAUAGGUUAAAUCUGGUGCCACUCCAUAAAUAGAGUGCUUUUGUAUAAAAAUAAACAAAUAAAGCUAUAAAAAAUAAUUAGGGUGAAUGCAAAAUAUGCAACUGUGCCUUUUAUACCUAUUAUUAUGGUAAAGUGGUAGUUGGGUUUGGACACUGAGGGAUAAGGGGCUAUUCCCAACUUUUUUGAACCUGUAUAUUUACCUGUGUUUAUUUUCUGAGAAAUUAUAAAUAAUAUAUUUAAAAACAAGCCUUUUGCCAAACUCAGUUAAUGGACCAGUCUUAAGCAUUAUUAACACAAGGCUGUGGUUUAAGUAGGUCUUGAGGAUUUUUUUAUUACUAUUUGUGUGGGAUUUGGGGUUAUUUUAAUUUGUUUUUAAUUCUAUUGCCUGAAAAAUUAUGAUCAGUCUAUAUGAUAGUUAUUUAGCAAGGUGUCACCAGUUCAUGUUGCCAGGAAAAUUGACAAAUUUUUUUUUAAUUGCUUUUAGCCAUCAUCUCAUUUCAGUUGUACAGUAUAGAAAUCAUCUUCUUUAUUUCCUUCCAUGGGAAACUCAGAUGAGCUUUGCAUGUAUUUUACAUUAGGGCACCUUUAUAGAUUGAUGCAUUAAUAUAUAACUUUAUAUGUAUUAGAAAAUUCAAUAGCUUUGAUCUAAAAUCUAAUGCUCAUUCUGGAUCUCAGACCCACUAAGUUUAUCCAAUAUGGUUUCUGACUGGCCUGCUGCCUGAGUUUCAGGAAAAAAAAGUUAAACAUUAUUUUUAUGUGGGGAAAGAACUUAAAUGGGAUUGAAGUGAUUGCUGAAAGGCUACCCUAGGAAGUUGUCAAGCAGGAAAAUAAGGAAUAUGGAUAAGGACCUUGCCAUAAAUCCAGCCAUCACCAAACACUUGUAAGGAAGUUGAACAAUGAAAUAUUUUUCCUUUUGUUUCAUUGAUGAUAAAUAUACAGUGUUUUCAUCAGGAACAAAGCAGAUGAAAUAGCAAUAGAAAUUAAAGUCCCUCAAUUAAGUUGUAUUACUGACUGAAUGAGCAUAAACAUUAGGAAGAAGACAACAUUCACCAGCUACCUGGGGUAUGCUUUCAGACAACUUUUUCCUAAAUUUUAAAGCACUUGCAUUCAGUGUGGUACGAUCUGUUUGUAAUAUUAAUCAUUGACUAUUGUUCUGCAACUUGGAUGUUGAUAGUGAAGCAGAGAACAAUUUAUCAUUGUUUAUUAUGAGUCACUAUGCACGCAACUAUGCUAAACAUGGCAAAAUGUAUUAAACGCUAGUCCACCUCUAUUUAUGAAAUAUUUACAUAAUUUAAUUUGCUUUUGUACAGUUUUAUGUAAAUAAAUUGCUUGUCAUUUUUGUCUCUGCAAAUUAAAAUAUAACAUGUUCAA